AUGAAACAACACCCGAACCAGUACUCUUCACCUCCUCCUCCUCAUCAUCAUCAUGACGUUGUUGAAAUGAACUGUUCCGUUUGUUCUUCAGCCUCACAAGGGACAAGUGCUACCUCUAGUAUUGGCAAUAAAGAUACAAUUUUAAACAAUCAUAAUAACAACAACAAUAAUGAUACAACCAAUAGGAACCAAAAGAUCCGAAACUAUGAAAAGGUCAUGACUGUAAAGAAGGAAAACUCCACCGUCAUUCCAAUGAUCCUUGAAUCAUUCUUUGAAUUUACGAAUUGCCAUUCAAGGCUUGUACAUAUGGAAUUAUUUGCUUCGGAAUGUUCUUCUUCAUCGAGGAGCUCCAUCUUACCCAUCUCAACGACCUCAAUCACUAUUGAUUUCUCUCUCUACAAGGAAAUAUAUUCAGCCUAUGCAUUGGAAUAUAAAGAAAGAGUGGCCACUUCACGAAAGAGUUUUAUGAUUAAUGGAACACCUCAAUUUUAUUAUACCAAGAUUGAUAUGGCCAAAACGGAUUUGGAUUCCAUGCAAGAGUAUUCAUUGUUGAAUAGUACUUGUAUGCAUGAAAGACUGCAGUUUGGAAGUGCUUAUUUAUAUUUUCCAUUUAUAGAACCAAAUGUUAAAAUGGAAAUUGAAGAAUUGCAGCGCUUUAAGGAAAAUUGUUGUGAAAAAAUUAAGAAUUAUUUAUUGAAAUGCAUGAAAAUUCCAAGAGAAGCCUAUGUUGGAGUCACCAUGCAAAAGGCCAUGCUGGUUGAAAAACAACAACUCUCUUUCUAUUUUUACGAAAAGAAACGAUUCAUGAGAGAGUAUUUAAAUUGUGAUUUUGAACAAACAAAAUUAUAUGGAAGCAAUUUUUAUCACUUAAAUACAUUGAAUCCGAAUGCCAUGACUACAGACGAGAUAUUUGAACUUGUUGAAAUCUCAUCGGCUGAAGAAUACUCUCAAUUUUGGACUUGUCAAAGUGAUGCCUUUUGUGGUGUUCCACAAAUUUCACAACCUCUCACCAACAUUAUUGAACAAAGUUACACUCAAGAAAUUUCAAAACACAACGAUGCAGUCAUUGUAGGUGUCAAAGCAUAUUGUCCAUCCACUAAUCGUUUUGAAAUUGUUUCUUGUGGUGAAUUAGUGAUGGGAAAAGAAUGUGCUUCGAUUAAUCAUGUUGCAACACGAGAAGGUCAUCGAAAUAAGGGUUAUGCUACAUUCAUCAUGAUUGCCCUAUUGGAUAUAGCAAUGCAUCGACACGGAUACAAUAAGGUUGUGCUCGAAGCCACCGGUAUGGGAAUUCAAAUUUAUGGAAGGUUAGGAUUCGUUCCAUUUUUUGAAUAUUAUAUUUUUGAAUUGGACCAUAAAAACUGA